GAGUCUCGGAUCCUCAGACUACGUGAUUGCCAUUAAAAACAUGGCUCGAACAACCUAUUUUAAUAUGUUUUUGUGUGACAGUUCUUUAUUAAAUCCAUUGGAGAUGGAUUGACUCUUUCCUCUUUCUAGCUACUCAUAUUCUAAAAUAUCAAAUAAUACAGGUGUUAAUUCAGAGUUCUACGACAUCCAAGUAGCUACAAAGUCAGUCUUAUAUAGUCCCUUCACAUAAAACAGUCUCUGGGGGACCGAGCCUCCGCUCCCGUAAUCUUCCCGAGAUAACGUUCUUAUCUCUUCCAAUUUGUGGCACGGGAGGGUUCCGUGGAAUAUUCCUUCCCCACUGAAGCUUCCUUCUCCACUAAUAUCCACUGCUAAGAGUCUUAUCGUGUGUUGUUGCCACGAUAAGAGGCUUCAUAUUUCUCGUCUCGUGUUCGACCGUUUUCCACAAUAUUUGUCGUUGUUCUGUUUUUUUUUCGUCCUUUUCCGUCAAAAUGGCCGUCUUUUUCUAUUUCUCAGAAAUAAUCACUCUUCGAUCGAAAUUUUAAAAAUAAAAAUUCUAGAAUAUUCCUACCCUCCUUCGCAAUAAUUUUUCGUAACUAAGGCCUUUAUUCGUUUUCUUUCCUGUCGCCGGAAGGUUGCCCUGUGCCAAUCUGGCAGAAUGGCACAUAGUCAUCUUCUUUUAUCAUUAUCACUUCCAUAUCUAAAAAAUUCCAAGUAUUUUAGUAUUUGUCCGCUUCGAUUACAGAUUUGAAUUUGUCUUGUUUCUAUGGCUAAUUUCUUGUCCAGCCAAUUAUCUUGUCCCAAGAUUCCAAAAUUGGGCGACAUUCUUCAGUUCACCGUUACCCACAUCAAUUCAAUCAAUAAUUUCUACAUCCAGUUGAUAGAUGAAGAUUUAAUGGCAAAACUUGAUCGUAUUACCGAGGUUGGCAAGCAGUCGCAACACGCGCCCGACAUAUCAAAUGUGGAGGAAUGUGAACUGUUCCUAAUCAGAGACAUAAAAAGAGAGUUUUUGCGUGUUCAGGUUACCCAACGUAACCCUAACUCUCGCUCGGCCACUUUAAAGUUAAUCGACGAGGGAACUGAGAUUUUUGAUGUUGAUUAUUCCCGUCUUCUACCAUUUUCGGAGCAGCUGAUUUUCGCACCUUUGUCUCAUAGAGCCUCACUUUUUGGUAUAGUGCCUAAUGCAGGCUACGAGACACACUGCAGAGAUUGCUUCGCGGAAUUUGUGUCUGAAGAUUCAAUUUUCCAAGGUAAGGUUAAAGAUCUCCAUGCGUCGCUGAUGGCAGUUUCGAUUGAGAUGCUUUUUGACGAUUCAAAUACAGACAAUUCUGUUAACGCAUUGCUACUGGAAACAAACUUCUGUACAUCAAUUCGCAAGUUUCCUACCAAUGGUGUCAAUUCGAACAAACCACAUCCGAUUGCGAAACUCACUGAAAGUGAGUCAAUGUCAGAUAACAAUCAGCAAAGUGAACUUUACGAUUUCAGUUUUGGACAGAAUUCAACUCGACAGAGAACUGCAGAGGAAGCCAUCAGUGGGUUAUCUGGAAGUAUUUGUUCUUUUUACCAGACUAAAGGCUUCUGUAAGUUUGGUUCCAAGUGUCAGUUCCUGCAUGACGUCGAGAAAGGGGCGGCUGUAACGGCGAAUGUUGAGAGAUCAGAUCCUUUUGAGGGGCUAGAUGAUGUGCCUGAGAGUAGCUUCGACGUUGAGCUCACGCACUUUGAAUCUCCGUCGCUGUUCUACCUCAAACGGAAGUGUGAGUCGGAAUCAGAUGUUGUUUCAUUCCGUGAAUACUGCAACAGGAAGUAUAACAGUAAGGACAUGUUGAUGCAGCACGAGGGGGAGCCAUGUUACCCUGCAGUGGGGGAGAUGAUAGCUGCAUAUGAUGACACACUGCACAACUGGAUAAGGGCAAAGUUGCUAUAUUUCGACUCCGACACAGACGAGGGUGUUCUUUUUGAUGUGGACUCUGGUCGAGAUUCUACAGUGUCGUUCGAGCGAAUGCGGCGCCUGCCGAAACAGUUCAACAUGAAACCGAAAGUGUUUGCAGCGCGACUAGAAGUGAGACCUCUCGCAAUGAAAUCUUGGAAUGAAGGAGUUAUCGAACUUGUAAAGAAUUCGUUGCUCGCUAGUGAACGAAUAAUUUGUUCCAUUGAAUCAGUUCUUCCUGAUGGAUUUCAGAUUGUGAGUCUAACGACGUGGCCUGCAACUGAAAACAUGACUGAUUUGUUAAUUGAAAACAAUCUUGCCGUGGAGUAUCAGUCACCAAUAUUGUCAGAACAUUUGACCGUUAUUCCUGGGUGAACAUGAGGUCUAUUUUUUAUUGUGCCUAGAUCGCUUCUCUGAUUGUUACAGUGAUCUAAAAAACAGCCGAUACUUUCUUGUUUAAUGUGUUUCUGUUUGUUUGCGUGCUAGGUUUUCUCUUAGUAUUACAUUUCGAUUUUCAAUCGCUACCCGAAAUAAUUAAGGUAUAAGAUUGAAUUAUUGGAAACUGAGUCUAAAUUCACCAAUCAUAAACUGUCAUCAGAAUUUUGAAUCUAGGACUUAAUGACCUUUUUACACUUGCGGGCUUCUUUCUUAUUGUAUUGGUCUGAAGCUAUUUGUUUUCUCAGCCUAACUCGCAACUAAAAGUGUUCACUUAUUUGGCACUUUUGCUUUAAUCACGAUCUGUUAUUGGAAAUUUCCUAUCAUUUGUUCUCUGCUUUUUUCGCGGCCCCUGUUUGUGAUCAUUUAAGCGUCCCUGGCUGAGUGGUUAGUGCGUUUGGCUCAUAACCUGUAGAUCAAAGGAUCGAAUCUGCAACGGAGCCGAAUUUUUAUUAAUUUGAAGCUUAUUGUACUAAUUUGAGGCGCUGCUUCUCCUGUGUGAAAUGAAUAAUUUUCUGUAAUUUUAAGUCUGAUUUGAAUUGCAGUUUGAAGUCUGAGGAAACUGAAGUUGUCUUCCUUUCUC